CCAUGUCGCGCAAUCCCACGGGCCCCUCGGGUUGGGAUCCGCUUUAGUUUCUGAGCUCACGGUGACUAAGCUUGGUGUGUGUGUGUGUGUGUGUGUGUGUGUGUGUGUGUGUGAGGGAUAGUGACAGAGUGUGUGUAUAUGAACGUGUGUGCGAGAGAGAGAGAGAGAGAGAGAGAGAGGAGCGGAGAGUCGGCAGCGCGCGACGUGGUCAUGGCGAGCGCGAGCCAGAGAGUGGUCCUCAUUACCGGCUGUUCUUCCGGGAUUGGGCUGCGGAUCGCCGUCCUAUUGGCCAAAGAUGAGCAGAAGCGUUAUUAUGUGAUCGCUACCAUGCGAGACCUGAAGAAGAAGGAUAAGCUGGUGCAGGCUGCAGGAGAUGCUUUUGGAAACACUCUGACACUACAAGCCCUGGAUGUGUGCAGCGAUGACUCAGUGAGGCAGUGCAUCAGCGCGGUUAAAGACAGACGUGUCGACAUCCUCAUAAACAAUGCAGGCGUAGGGUUGCUCGGCCCCGUGGAGAGCAUCAGCCUGGAGCAGAUGAAGAUGGUGUUCGAGACUAACUUUUUUGGCACCGUUCGCAUGAUUAAAGAGAUCAUGCCUGACAUGAAGAGACGCCGAGCUGGGCACAUCAUCGUCAUGAGCAGCGUCAUGGGCAUGCAGGGCGUAGUGUUUAAUGACGUCUACACGGCCUCCAAGUUUGCCAUCGAGGGUUUCUGUGAAAGCUUAGCCGUCCAGCUGCUCAAGUUUAAUGUCAAGUUGUCUCUGAUCGAGCCUGGGCCUGUGCACACCGAGUUUGAGGCGAAAAUGAUGGAAGAAGUGGCAAAGAUGGAGUUUCCGGGAGCAGACGCAGACACAGUGAGAUACUUCAAGGACGUUUACAUUCCGUCCUCCAUCGAUAUCUUUGAGGCAAUGGGGCAGAAGCCAGACGACAUUGCUAAAUGCACUAAGAAGGUGAUCGAGUCGAGAAACCCUCGCUUCAGGAACCUCACUAACAGCCUUUACACCCCCAUCGUUGCCAUGAAGUAUGCCGAUGAGACGGGAGGCCUGUCGGUACACACCUUCUACAACCUGCUGUUUAACUUUGGCUCGCUAAUGCACAUCACUAUGAACAUCCUGAAAUGCCUGACCUGCAGCUGCCUGCGCAGACGUGCCAUAUCACCUGACUGAACCACACACACACACACACACACACACAAUAAACAGACUGAUAUGAUGCUGAUAUAAACACAUUUGGAUGUCUUUGUGUGGAUUUCCGGGUUUCCUGUUCCUGUUUCCUCUCUCCUGAUCUUUCUGAUUCAUUUUACCAACAAACUCUAACAGGUUUUUUCUGAUAAAUAGUACGUAACAAUUGUAUAUGUUAAAAAAAGUGGGAAAAGAUCUUGUUUAUGAGGAUUGAUAUUGAAUUGGGAACUGAAGAAUGAAACCAGUAACCGGACCAGACUUAUAACAGUCACCUCGCAGACGUAAUCCUAAGACAAGAUGUUAGCCUUCAUGUUUGUAAGUCACUGCAUUGUGCAUUGAUGAUGCGAGGGAAGUCUGAUGUGAAAGUCUGGUUUAAACUCUACAGUGUUUUGUGUUGACUUUACUGAUAUAGUCUCAUGUUUAUGUCAGAUCUGCUGUCUGAUUUUGAAAUAAUAUAUUUUUUAUAUUAUAUGUGAAUAUUUAGAAUAUAUUAUAGAAUAUAUGUGGUUUAAUUUCAAAAUAAAUACAAGGUUGUGAUCUAAAUGUACAGGUUGAACUUUGACAAAUAGAAAUACAAACUCUGUUAUAAA